UCCAAGCUCACUUGGCUGUUAUUUCGACGAAAAGCUUAAUAAUAAGCUUGUGAGUUUGGAACUUAUAAUAUAGUUUGCUUGAUAUAAUAUCAUAAAUAGUAUUAGAAAAACCCAGUUGUGGUCGAAUGGAGAAAGCGGUCGCCUGUUAAUCGGUAGAUUCUAGUUCAAUGCUGGCUAGUAUCACAAUCUACAAGUUAAGAUGAAGGUUACACAUUUUGACAUUUUCAUUAUUCCUAUCCGUGAUUAAGAUAAAACUACUAAUACAAAGAAGAGCACAGAAAUUCUUAUUGUAAUAGAAUUGUAAAAAAAGCACGACAUGUCCAUAGGAUAUUCGUUAAUGAAUAUUUAAUCCAACUUAAAUAGUCAUUGCGAGACACUUUGAAAAAUCCAUUUGAAAAGUUUUUAAAUUAAAGUUUCAUCUAAGAUAAUAAGAUAAUGUCUUUAAUAAUGUGUAGAAUAAAUUGCGAUGAUUGGCCGCACGCUAAUCGAUUACUAAAUAUGCGCAUAAAACUUGUGAUGUGUUUUGACGAAAUCGUCAAUAAAAGUCGAUAUUUUAACAAGUUGAUAACAAAUUAAGAUAAUCGCGUUGAUGAGAGCUUAGCGAAUCCGCAAAUAAUGCAAUUACAAAUUUCGCUGGGUAUCCCAUCGGAUGACAGGAUUGGAUCGUCGUGGCCGAGGAAAGAAAAACGGAAAUGGUUCCUGUCAUUGCUGUGUGGCACGUGUUUGAUAUAUGCCACGCGUACAUCUAUCCCUUUAUUGAUGCCAAUUAUCAGCAAGAAAAAGCAUUGGUCGAAGCCUGAAUCUGGCAUUAUACUAUCCAGUUUUUUCUGGGGAUAUACAUUGACUCAAGUGAUUAGUGGUUAUAUUAGUGAUAGAAUCGGUGGGCAGAAAGUAUUAUGGAUAUCCGCUCUCGGUUGGUCGGUAACGACCUUCUUUAUGCCAGAAAUCAUAGACUCUUUUUCCAACGAUCAAACUUCUGUUUUACUCGUUGCAGUAGUGAGAAUGAUAAACGGGGCAUUUCAAGGAGGCAUGAGUUUGGCGUGGACAACUUUAUUAAGCUAUCACAUCCUGCCAUUUAAGGAAAGAACAAUUUCUACCAAGUCAAGUACUAACUACACUUUGCCUUGGUUCAAGCUUUUAUCAAAGCCUCCUUUCUGGUCCUGUGUUAUUGGACAUGCUUGUCAAAACAACUGUUUUUUUGUAUUACUCUCAUGGAUGCCUACGUAUUUUCAUGACAUAUUUCCUGAAGUUAAGAUUUGGGUUGUGAAUGUCAUACCAUGGUUAUCGAUGCUACCUUGUACAUUUUUGGGAAAAAUUAUAUCGGAAAGGAUAAUUAAAGCUGGUUAUUCUGUGACUUUGACGCGCAAAACAAUUCAAACAAUCUGUUUCGUCACUGAAAUUGGGAGUCUCUUGUUUUUGACAAAAGUAAAAAGCUUUCAAAGUGCAGUAUUGUGUCUUGCAUUGAUUAUUGGUGGUUCAGGCUUCCAUAAUAAUGCUAUUGCUGUAAAUCCUUCAGAUCUUGCUCCAAAACAUUCCGGCAGUGUAUUUGGCCUUAUGAAUACUGUUGGUGCGAUACCUGGCUUUCUCGGUGUAUAUUUUUCUGGAUAUAUCUUACAUGUAACACACAGCUGGGCUGUCGUCUUCUCAUUUAUCGCUGUUAUCAAUGCUUUAGGAUGUGUAAUAUAUAUAUUAUUCGGCUCGGGUCAAGCCAUUAUAUAAAUUAUAUCCUGUAUGGCCAACGUGUUUCACUUUAAAUUAAAUUUUUAUUUACAUCCUUUUACAUAUA